AUGCCUUCCAACAACGCCGCCUGGCUAGUCGCCGCAAAGACGUCACCAUUCGAAGUCAAGGAAGCGCCCCUCACCGAACCAUCCCCAGGCCACAUCCUCGUCAAAAACUCAGCCAUUGCCAUCAACCCCGUCGACAUCGCCAACCAAUACGUCGGCAUCUUCAUCCAACCAUCCCAAUACCCCGUUAUUCUCGGUGAAGAUGUCGCCGGCACCGUGGAAGCCGUAGGUCCUGAUGUCACCGCCUUCAAACCCGGCGAUAGAGUCCUCGGCUACGCGACGUCACUCGCUACCAAGGAUAAUGCGCACAGCGCGUUCCAGGAAUACACGGUUAUUCGCGCAGAGUGUGCUUCUAAAAUUCCAGAGGGCUUGAGCUUUGAACAGGCUGCUGUUUUGCCGCUUUCGCUUGCUACGGCUGCGUGGUCGCUUUUUGGCGAUGUUACCCUUGCGAUGAGAUAUCCUAGUCUUAACCCUACUCCUACCGGUGAGACGGUCCUCAUCUGGGGAGGAUCAUCUAGUGUAGGUGGUUCAGCAGUUCAACUUGCGAAAGCGGCUGGGUACGAAGUCAUCACCACUGCAUCUGCCAAAAACCACGACUACGUCAAGAGUCUUGGAGCAGACCACGUCUUCGAUUACAAGUCCCCCCAAGUCACCAAGGACAUCGCCUCUCUCCUCACAGGCAAGAAACUUGCUGGUGCUUUUGACGCGAGCGGUUCAGAAGGCGGCAUGGACAGCGCAAGCCAAUCAAUUGUUCACGCCGAUGGUCUCCGUAAACUCAUCUGCGUGCGAUCCGUCUCCUCUGAAGUCCCCGGCGUUGAGGCCAAGACUAUUCUUUCGACUAGUAUUAUCAGCACCCCUGUUGCCAAGGCUGUUUUCGGGGAUUAUAUACCCGCUGCUCUGGAGCAGGGCAAAUUCAAGGCUGUCCCGGAAGCGGAGGUUGUUGGAAAGGGCUUAGAGGCUGUUCAGCUGGGCAUCAACACGCUCGCCAAGGGAGUUUCGGCUAAGAAGAUCGUCGUUGCUCUAUAA